AUGCCUGAACCCGCCAAAUCCGCGCCCAAGAAGGGCUCCAAGAAAGCCGUGACCAAGACCGCCGGGAAAGGCGGCAAGAAGAGGAGAAAGAGCAGGAAGGAGAGCUACGCCAUCUACGUGUACAAGGUGCUGAAGCAGGUCCACCCCGACACCGGCAUCUCCUCCAAGGCCAUGGGCAUCAUGAACUCGUUCGUCAACGACAUCUUUGAGCGCAUCGCCUCUGAAGCGUCUCGUCUGGCUCACUACAACAAACGCUCCACCAUCACCUCCAGGGAGAUCCAGACCGCCGUGCGCCUCCUGCUGCCCGGGGAGCUGGCCAAGCACGCCGUGUCCGAGGGAACCAAGGCCGUCACCAAGUACACCAGCUCCAAGUAGACCAAGACCCAAUACAAACCAACGGCUCUUUUCAGAGCCACACACCCAAUCUGGAGAGCAUGAAACUUCCUUCAGCCGUUUAACAUGAUUAGUAAAUAAUCAUUAGUCUGGGUUUAAGAAUAAACUUUAAAAUUAUAAAUCCACAAAGGUUAAUGUGUGAUUGAAUCAUUUAUUAAUUAAAUAUUG